ACCAAUUCUCAAAGUAAGUAGUCAUUAACAGGAGCUCGAUGUGUAUAGACAAUGUAUUUUAAAAUAAUUUUCAUUAUUUUCGCGGCGAGGGCACAAUCAGAAAUAAUUAUAGAUGAUGAGAAUAUAGAUUUUCUUUGCAAGUUCAAAAAGUGUAUAUAUAAAUGUUGUGGGAAAGGCGAAUAUAUGCUCGGGAUAGACGUAAGUGUAACUCCUGUGUGUGUGAAAUAUGAUGGUGAGAAGAAAUUGGACUUUACUGACGUACAAUUGUACGAUGAUGAAGAUCAUUGGAGAGCUGUUAGCAGAAAAUUUGAAGACACGUUUUAUCUGAAGCAAGGGUUAGCACUAAAUGAAAGCUUCGCAAGAGAAUCUUAUAUACCGGAAAUCGCUAGAAUGGUCAGUUACUUAAGUCAGGGUGGUAUACUAUAUAUGGAGUUUCCAAACGCUUAUCAAAGGUGGAUGAGAAUAGAAACAGAGUUUUGUGUGGACUAUAUCAACGGAACAGAAGUUACAAUUGCGUUCUGGGUUAACUACUCAGUGCCAAUCCCUCAAAGCAACGAAUAUAUUUAUAUAGCCCUUAUCAUAUCGUCGUUCUUCCUGGCUCUACUGCUCGUUGUGUACGCGGUUCUACCAGAAUUGAGAAAUAUAGGCGGGAUGGUCCUCAUGGCAUAUGUGUUCAGUUUGAUGGUCGCCUUCCUAGCCCUGGCUGCGAUACAGAUUGGUUUUUAUGAUCCAGAUACUUGUCUGAAUCUAACUAUCGUUAUCUACUUUUUCUUUUUGGCUGCUUUUGCGUGGAUGAAUGUUAUGUCUUACGACAUCUGGUGGACAUUCCGAGGCUACGCGAAAGCUCGUCCGAUACAUCGCAGAGGGGAAAAAUUCAAGUUUUGUAUGUACUGUUUGUACGCUUGGGGAGUUCCUUUAGCAAUGACAAUAGCAUUUAAGAAAAUAAAUGAAGCAGAUUUGACGGACCAGCCAUGGAUUAUCAAGCCUCUCGUACCGAUAAUUGGAUGUUUCUUAGAAGGCGGGCAAAAGUUAGUAUACCUGUACAUUCCUAUGCUGAUAAUGAUUACUGUAAACUGGGUGUUUUUCGGUAUGACUGCAUUUAACGUGUGGCGUUUGAGUCGAGGCACUCAAGUGCUCAAUUCUCCAGCUGCUGGUAACCCGGCAGCUCAUCGAUCACAGAAACAGAGAUUCACAGUGUAUUUGAAAUUAUCAGUAAUAAUGGGCAUUAACUGGUUACUUGAAGUCGUCAGUUCAUUUUACCCUGAUCUUCAGAUUUGGUACAUCUCCGACGCGUACAAUUUGCUUAUAGGAUUAAUUAUAUUUAUCAUUUUUAUCUGGAAGGAGUCUAUUUGGCACAAACUAAGGAACAGAUACAAAAGCUUCAGACGUGCUAGGCUUCCGAAAAGAUCGAUGACCGCAAGUAUUACCCUAGAAUCGACUCUUAGUCAAGAAACCCAAGCUAAUGUGUGUUCAUACCCAAACGUGCAAAGGAAGUUCUCUAGUGAACAAAAACCAUUUCUUGCUUAGAAUCCUGGAAUCGGUGAAAGCACGGACUUUUCGUUAUAGUUGAAAAUACGGAACUCCGUUGAAAGAACGUUUAGCACUCUAACAGUUUAACCGUGACUUUGAACUAUUUAACCAAAAAUUAGUUAAGGUUUAUCUUAAUUGUAAAGUAAUCUAAAGAGUUGUUGCUCUACGAAUAAAAACGACGACAGA